AUGUGUGGUAUUUUAGGUAUUGCCCUGGCCAAUGAAAGUGCCACUGUGGCACCGGAACUUUGUGAUGGCUGUAUCUUUCUUCAGCAUAGAGGGCAGGACGCUGCAGGGAUAGCUACCUGCGGGAAUCGAGGUAGAAUAUAUCAGUGUAAGGGCAAUGGUUUGGCUCGGGAUGUUUUCACACAGCAGCGUGUGAAUAAUUUGGCUGGUUCAAUGGGUAUUGCGCAUUUACGUUAUCCCACGGCUGGUUCUUCUGCUAACUCUGAAGCUCAGCCAUUCUACGUUAACAGCCCCUAUGGUAUCAAUCUAGCUCAUAAUGGUAAUUUGGUGAAUACGGUCUCCUUGAAAAGGUACAUGGAUGAAGAUGUGCACAGACAUAUAAAUACAGACAGUGACAGUGAAUUGCUGUUAAAUAUCUUUGCCUCUGAAUUGGAGAAACACAAUAAGUAUAGAGUCAACAAUGAAGAUGUGUUUCUCGCUUUAGAAGGUGUGUAUAGAUUAUGUCGUGGUGGUUAUGCAUGUGUCGGUAUGUUGGCAGGGUUCGCCCUAUUUGGAUUUAGAGAUCCAAAUGGUAUUAGACCUUUACUCUUUGGUGAAAGAUUGAAUGAAGACGGUACUAAAGAUUAUAUGUUAGCUUCCGAAAGUGUUGUUUUAAAGGCACACAAUUUCUCUACCUUUCGUGAUAUAAAACCUGGUGAGGCAGUCAUUAUUCCAAAGGAUUGCUCUCAAAGCGAACCUGAAUUCAGACAAGUGGUUCCGAUCAACUCUUACAGACCAGAUGUCUUCGAAUAUGUCUAUUUUGCAAGACCAGACAGUGUUCUAGAUGGUAUAUCCGUGUAUCAUACCAGGCUAGCAAUGGGUAGAAAAUUAGCCGAAAAUAUCAAGAGACAACUAAGUCCAGAAGAUAUCGACGUGGUCAUGGCAGUGCCCGAUACAGCCAGAACUUGUGCACUAGAGUGUGCUAACAUUUUAAAUAAACCAUACCGUGAAGGUUUUGUUAAAAAUAGAUACGUUGGGAGAACUUUCAUUAUGCCAAAUCAAAAGGAAAGAAUUUCUUCAGUUAGAAGGAAAUUAAACCCAAUGGAUACAGAAUUUAGAGAUAAAAAUGUCUUAAUUGUAGAUGAUUCCAUUGUAAGAGGGACUACGUCUAUUGAGAUUGUCAAUAUGGCUAAAGAAAGUGGUGCAUCAAAGGUUUAUUUUGCUUCAGCUGCUCCAGCCAUCCGUUACAAUCAUAUAUAUGGUAUUGAUUUGACCGAUAAUAAGAACUUAAUUGCUUAUAAUAGAAGUAAUGAGGAGAUUGCCAGUAUUUUAAAAUGUGAAAAAGUUAUAUAUCAAGAGUUAGAUGAUUUGAUUGAUUGUUGUAAGACUGCUGCUAUAGACAAGUUUGAGGUUGGUGUAUUUUCUGGAAGCUACGUAACUGGUGUGGAAGAUGGUUACUUACAGGAAUUGGAAAAAGUACGUGAAUUGAAUAGAAACAGUACAGGUGAUAUCAAACCAGAUGUUGACAUAGGUCUAUAUAAUCCAGGAGAUUACUGA